CUAGCUUUGCACGUUACAUUUUUUGCAUCCUAGCAGCUGCAGCUGCCCUUUUGCUCAGUGCAACGCAAAACUUGGCUGCAGCACCAGCGCAGUGUGGCUCCUGCCCUGCAGGAUUUAGCUCCAAGGAGAAUUGAGUGCCGCCGGGGGGGUAUUUGGUGCUCCACUUCCACCUCCGGGGAGGGGGCGACGGUUUACUUCAGGGAGAAACAAAGGAGCAGGAGAAGCGAUGGGUUUCUGCUCUGUGUAACAACCCAGGCUCAGUAGUCUUAUAGUAGACCAACGUGUGAGUAAGAAGCUUCAGACUCCUUCCAGAUAUUUUGAAGUACAGAAGAAGAAAUGAAUCUUGCAAAUGAUGGUGCAAUGUUUAGUGCCAUUUAUGACUGGGACUAUGUUCUGUGGGAAGUUCGUUUGAAGUUAGUAGCAGCUGGUUUUUUCAUCUACCUGGGAGUAUUUCUUCUAGCUCACUGGCUGUCCUCGUGGAUCAGUGCCAGUUAUUGCACUUUGUCAGCAAAGCAGAAGAUCUUCUGGAAUAUGGAUAUCACACGUGGCCUGUUUGCAGUUCAGAGUUGUGGAGCUGGGUUGUGGGCCUUGCUUAUAGAUCCAGUUUUCCAAGCCGACCAAGUGUAUGCACAGAAAAAGUGGAGCUGGUUUCAUUGCUUAAUAGCCACUGGGUACUUCUUGUUUGAAAAUGUAGUUUUUCAUGUGUCUAACAUUGUUUUCAGGAUAUUUGAUGUGUUCUUGGUAGUUCAUCAUUUAUUUGCCUUUGGUGGGCUUCUUGGUCUGAUAAUUAACAUAAAGUCUGGACACUAUCUACCCCUGAUGGGACUGCUACUUGAGAUGAACAAUCCUUCAUACUGCAUAUCCUGUAUUCUUGCAAGGAUUGGCUAUGCUCAUACCCUUUUUUGGAAGGCAAACCAAUGGGUACUGAUCCAUAUGCAACACUGCCGCAUGGUCCUUAGUUAUCACAUGUGGUGGGUGUGCAUUUCCCAUUGGAAUGACGUGGUGGAAAAUCUGGGACUUCCAUAUUUUAUUGUUUUUUUCAUGGGUUUAAGUACACUUACAUUAAUACUUAAUCCAUACUGGAUAUUCAAAGCGACUCAGCGGCUCUUUGGUCCAGUUGACAGAAAAUUUCCAAAUACAGCAGUGAAAAAUGCAUCCUGUGAAAAUUUAAAUAGUGACACAUUCCAAAAGAAGAGGAUAUAGUUCUGCAACAGUUAUUAGGGUUUCAGUAAAAUAUGGCCAGGAGAAAAUGGUGCAGGUUUACUAGCAAAUCCAUGGAAAUAGAAUUGCUUACAAGAAGUCUAUGAAUAUAUUGAUCUAUUUGCAGUUUGCUAUCAGUGUAUUAUACUCAUUUAUCAAAAGUGUUUUAAAAUUGUUGUAGUCUAUCUUUAUAAUAUACACACACUCUUUGACUCCAUCAGGAUUGAUGCCAGUAAUUUUAGUCUGGGAGCAUAAUGCCAGAUUGGCGUAUGAUAUUGAACCUAUUGGUUGCCAAAUAGUAAAUAUCACAUGUGUAAAGUUGCAGCAUGGAGCACAAGUCGACCUGGUUCUAGUGACCUUGCAACAAGGACAUCACACAGAGAGCCAGAGUGAAUGAUUGAUGUGUGAGUAAAUGUGGAGUGGUCUUCGUUGGGAACCAACCCCCAGCCCAUUCUGAAACACUAAUUAGGUAAAAAUUAGUAACCACACCCCCACUGGGUAUGCUUCUAAGACAUGUGACUCCUUUGAGGAAAGAGAGUAUAAGAAUCAAGCAAAGUAAAUUACUGUGGCUGGGAAUCCUUAAUUGAUGCUUGAAGAAG